UUCCUCACACAUUCAUGAAGUGAGCCACCACUGGCUGCAUCCAGAAUUCAUGCAAUCCCUCCGUUGGUUCCGUCCUAAGCCAUUCCGCCCCAGCUCUAAAUUGGUUACUAACUGCUUCCACCUCUCAGAUCCUCGUCUCCGUUAGCUACGGACCCUCUAGAAUCCCAGGGCGUCACCAUCUUUUGCCCGUUGCGGUUUCUUUAAAUCAAAUAUUGCCUUCAAUAAUCGCCUUUCCGCGACACCGCGUUUAGUUGUAGAAGCACUCGUCGUCACCUCCCUCGUUUCCCUCGUCUCAUCGACGUCGUUUCCAACUCCCAGUCGUUCACCUCUCCUAAUCUGCUUCGCUCCCGCAGCUUAUCCGCUUUCGACGUCGAGUAGCUCAUGGCCGGCGUAGGAAUCGACCUGAGAUAAGAAGCAAAUUUCCUGGCUCAAAUUUCACCAAACCAGCACCAUGGAUUCCUCGACUGGCGCCAUCAUCGCAGCAGGCGGGAAAGACAUCAUCAUCAGCGGCGGCGGCAGUGGCGGUAGCAGCAAGCUCCUGAAUAAGAAAUCCAGCAGCCGAAGCGGCUCGGGGUCUAGAUCCCGCGGGGUGGGCGGGUGGUGGAUCUUCGCACCGUUCCGAUGGGUUCUGCGGCUGCUGUUCUGGCGGCGGCGCAACGACGACGACUUUGAGAAGAAGCUGCAGCACCUGUCGUCGGAGGAGGUCAACGUGCACCGCCGCCUCAAGCAGCGCAUCGUGUGGUGGCGCCGCACGGCGCGCUCCAUCAUGCUCUACUCCUCCUCCUUCGAGUUCCUGAUGGUGGGCUUGGCAGUGGUGUUCGCGCGCUCGCCCGACCUGCUGUGGCACCACCGCCUGGCGCGCGCGUCGCCCGUGCUGCUCUUCCCGCUGCUCGCCACCGCCAUCUACUCCGUCUGCUCGCGCCUCGUGCAGCUCUACGACAACCGGGAUCGCGACACGUUGGAGCGGCUGAAAGCGGAGAGGCAGGCGCACCUGGACGAGCUCAAGGAGCGCACCAACUACUACAAGACGCUGCAGAUCAUCCAGCAAUACGAGAAGGAUCCUGGCUGGUCGCUUCCAGACUCGUCAGCAACUACAGCAGCAGCCAAACCCGGUAGCACUGAUGGUUCAAGGGGCCGCACUGGCUCUGGCUCUCGUGCCAGUGCUGCUGCUGCUGGCUCUGCUCCUGGCCCAACGCUAGGCAGGGGUGCUAGGACGAGCUCUCUCCCCUCCUCGCAAACUCGCUCCCCCUCCGCCGCCUCCUCCCUGCUGCCGUCCAUCGUGGGCGUUAUUGGCGGCGGUUCCCCAGCGGCUACCAAUGGUUUCAUGCCCCCGGAUGCUACUGGUUCUGGCGCUGCUGAUGUUGUAGGAGUGUAUCACCAAGAAGUGGCAUCGGCAGGAGGGGGAGCAGCAGCAGCAGCAGGGGGAGGGGUGAGUUUGACCAGCCCUGCUGGUUUGCGCAGACGCAGGGGGAGCGGGAGCCAUGGGAGUGCCGGCGCGAGCCCAGGCACGGGUGGGGGGCAGGAUGUAGCGGGAGGAGCUGGCGGAGGGGGGGGAGCAGGAGGGGAUUCGGCCACUCCGUAUGGGGGGGGAGCGCUGGGGUGGAUUGCUGGGCUGAUUCUAGGUGAUGCAGUGGCAGGGGAAGGGGGGGCGGCAGCAGGGGGAGGGGGAGGGGGAGUAGGAGCAGGAGCCAGGGGGGCGCAGAGGCAGCCGGGCGGUGCUGGAAUGCACGGCAGCGCGAGUGUGCCCUCGCUCCUGCUCCCAGCACCUCUCGCCUCCCCGCCGUCUCUCAGCCGCAGCAGCAGCAGCGGUGGUGGUGGUGGCGGUGGUGGCGGUGGUGGCGGUGUGAGCAGCAUGGCAGCGGGAGGGGGGCGCCCCCUUAUUGGGGCGUUUAGCCAUGGUGUGGCGGCAGAGGCGGGGAGAGAAAUAGCCGGGGUGGUAGGAGGGCAGGGGUAUACCGAGCGAGGAGUUUCCAGCCCGGGAUUAGCUGGUGCAGCUGCUGGUGCUGGUUGGGGGGGUGGAGGGGGGGGUGGAGCGGGGGGGAGGAGGACAGGGAAGGCAUCAGAGGAGGGGUGGAUGGCGCGGAUAGCAGCAAUGCUGGUGGGGGAGGAUUCUACGCAGUGCUACGCGCUCAUCUGCAGGAAGUGCUUCAGCCAUAACGGCCUAGCGCGCAAGGAGGACUUCCCCUACAUCACCUACAUCUGUCCGCACUGCCGCUACCUCAACCAAGCUCCUGCUGUGGACCAGCAGCCGCAGCAGCAGCAUCACCCUCAGCAGCAGCAGUAUCACGAGCAAGGCAGCAGUGGUAGAAGUGGACUAGGGGGGGUAGCAGGCGGCGGUGACAGUGGUGGGGGCGGGGGUGGUGGUGGUGGUGGUGCGGGCGGGGGUGCGGGUGGGGAUGCGGUUGGUGGUGCGGCCGGGGGUGUAUCAAGCCCAUCUAGGCCAUCCAGUGGUGUGUCUUCUCCGACCUCUGCUACGGCCGCAGGUGGUGAUGUGAGGCCGGGGUUGAGGAGAGGGAGGAGUGUGGGGCGCAGGGCGCCAAAGCUCGCUGCUGUGAGAACAACUGGGUCCUUCUCUGCAGCUUCUGCUGUUGCUGCCGCUGCGGCCGCUGCCGCUGAUGCUGAUGCUGAUGGUGGUGGUCCUGCUGCUGCUCUAACGAGUAGUCCUGGUCGGGCAGACUACGCUGUUGAAAGACCAGGAGAGGAGGUGGAUGCACGGAGAGGAAAGGAGGACCAGGGGCUACUGGUGGGUGGUGAUGGAGAGGAGGGGGCAGUGGAAGGGGAAGCUGGGCGGGGAGCGGAGGAGGAGCAAGAAAAGAGGAGCGAAAGAGAGUUUCAGAGACCAGGGCAGGAAGGCAGUGCUAGUGAGGCAGCUGUGGGUGAUCGUGAUGGUGGCUCGCCAGCACUGUUGCCUGCAUCUGGAGAUUCGCCUGAGGGGCUUGGAUCUCCUGAUUCGAUCCCUUCAUCUGUGCUUGAACCGAGGGACGGAGGAAGUAGUGGAGAUGGGAGUGGUCUGGAUGAGGGGGAGUGGAGCAUGGUGGGAAGCGGUAUGGGAGAGAUGGAGAAGGCCAAGGUGGAGGCAUGAGGGAGGGACAAGGGAUCCUGGAUAAUGGUCAUAACUAACUGGAUCGGAAGCUUGGUCACGAGGUGGCACGUUUAUACUAGGUGGGAUGGGGCAGGGCAAGGCUUGUCAUCGGUGGUGGAUUCUGUCUCUUUAGAAGGUUCUCUUGAAUGUGCAGACUUGGACUACCAUAGGUGAAACGAAUGCUUUAUAACGAAUGAUUUUGGUGUUUC